AUGCCAAAAGUCGAGGAGUCGACUUCGAGUCCGAUACCGCUGCUGGACGGUCACGUCCACCUCUAUCCACAAUCACACGUUGACGCGGGCGUCUUUCCGUGGCAAAAUCAUGAAUCGGCGAAGAUCAAUGUUCAGCACUCGUUCACCGAGUACGCAGCGGAUGCCUCAACACGUACUUCCGAAUCUAAGAGUGACCCGGAGGUGAAGUAUGACCACCGCGGUUUGAUCUUCGUUGAAGUCGGACGGCAAAACGGAGAGCAGAGCGGCUAUGAUCAAGGCGUGUCGGAGUUCGCAUACUUGUGCGAAGCCCUACGCAACGCGGAGUCAGGUAAAGCAGGUGAAGGUUACGAACCUUCUGAUGCCAAACUCCUCCGAGGUAUCAUGGCACUGGCGCCCGCUCCACAUGGCUCAUCCGCAAUGGAGGAACACACGAUUAAGCUUGAAAGCGUCCCGCAUUUUGAUCCGGCCUACCUGAAAGGCUUCCGUUACAACCUCCAGGACGAACCAGCCGGCGCAGCGUUAUCAAAAGGCUUCAUUGACGCCAUGAAAUGGAUGGGCAGCAAAGGUCUCCGAUUCGAGAUCAACGUCAACACCCACGGCGCAGGAAUCUGGCAGCUACAGGAAGCACGCGAAAUGAUCAUCCGUGCCCACGAAGGCGUCGAGGACGCGAAGAAGACGAGGUUCAUCAUUGAUCACAUGGCGAAGCCGGAUCUUACGAUUUGGCCUUCGGAGGAGAUCGAGACCCAUUCGCAUUUCUUGGCGUGGCAGGGGGAGAUGAUGCGAUUGGCCGAGAACCCAUAUGUCUACAUAAAGCUCUCGGCACUCCUCACCGAGACGUCCGCUGAAAUCCAUACACUGGGAGGUCGUGAGGGCGCGAAGAGGUGUGUAGAGCCAUGGGUGAGGUCCGCAAUCAACUUGUUUGGGGUGAACAGGGUGGUGUUUGGGAGUGAUUGGCCUGUG